AUGAUAUUUUCAUUCACUCCCUUGCUUUCCUAUGGGUCGACUGUUUUGAGCAUCCGAAGGAAAAAGUCCUCGCAGGGGUUUUCUAUUGACAUAUGUGGCACUAUGCUUGUUGCUUCAAUAUUACGAAUGUUCUAUUAUAUCAACGACCCAUUCGAAGUCACACUUUUGAGACAAUGCUUUGUGAUGGUAUUCAUUCAGGUGAUAUUACUCAGAGUGGCAUUGAAGUAUAGAAACUUGAUCCGGUUGUUUGACUAUCAUUAUAUAAGACCGUUUCAUUAUUGGCAAUGGAGACAACCUAUUUCAUUUUGGAAAUUUCUUAUUGGGUUUGUCACAUUUUUAUCGCUAGUUCAAAUUGCCUUUAAUGGGAAUGAAUAUUUAGGUAUAACCUUUGGAUCAAUGUCCUUUAUGAUUGAAUCCUCAUUACCGUUACCACAGAUAUUAUUGUUUCAAAGGUUGAAACAUGUCGAAAAUUUCAAGGUGAUCUUGCUUUUGUCAUGGCUUGGUGGAGAUUUCACAAAAAUUAGUUAUCUUUUCUAUGGUACCGAUAAUGUAGGCUUGAUUUUCAUAAUUGCUGCUUUUUUCCAGAUGAGUUUGAAUUUUGUCAUCACCUACCAGUUUUUCUACUAU